AAACCAUUCUCCUUGUGGCCGCCUAAGACAAGCCUUGUGAGAAUUCAAACUACAAUGGCAGCCCGAUACCUCAGUGAACCAGGGACCAGGCACGGGUUUGGAAACCAAAAGCGCAGAGAUUCACAGCUGAGACUUGUCUUACUGGGUAAGACUGGGGCAGGAAAAAGUGCAACAGGAAACAGCAUCCUCGGAAAGAAAGUGUUUCCUUUCGGCCUUUUAGCAGUAUCCAUCACCAAGUCCUGUAAGAAAGGAAACAGCACCUGGAAGGGGAGAAAACUUAUCGUUGUGGAUACGCCUGGCGUGUUUGACACCGAGGUACCGAAUGCUGACACUCUCAGGGAGAUUGCUCGCUGCAUGGUCCUGACCUCCCCAGGGCCUCACGCUCUGCUCCUGGUCAUCCCACUGGGCCGUUACACACCAGAAGACCACAGAGCCACAGAAACGAUCCUGAAAAUGUUUGGAGAGAGAGCUAGGAGACACAUGAUUCUCUUAUUCACCCGGAAAGAUGACUUGGAAGGCACCGAUUUCCAUGAUUACUUAAAGCAGGCUCCAAAAGUCAUUCAAGAGCUGAUGGGCAAGUUCAGAGAUCGCUACUGUCUGUUCAACAACAGGGCGACAGGAGCUGAGCAGGAGGCCCAGAGGGAGCAGCUGCUGGCCCUGGUCCAGUGCGUGGUUGAGGAGUGCAAAGGAAAAUGCUUCACGAAUGACAUGUAUCAAAAGGCAGAGAACGAGAUCCAGAGACAGGUCCAAGUGAUACAAGAAAAUUACAGAGCAGAGUUAGAGAGAGAGAAAGCACAGAUAAGACAGGAGUAUGAAGAAAAAAUCAGAUUCCUGGAGGAUGAACUAGAAAAGCAAAAGCAAAUGGAGCAAAUGAGGAUGAAAUUGGCACAAAAGGAGGAUCUCUAUGUUUCAAGGCAGCAAAACGCCAGAGAUGAAGUUGAGAAUCAGAAUGACAUAGUUGAAAUCAUCUUAGGCCUGUUGAAGAUUGCUUCCUUUGUUUUCUCUUUGUUUCAUGACUAAUCACUAAGAUUAAAUGUGAUGAAAAUGUGUCUAUGACAAAGGAGGCAAGGAUAUAUAAUGGAGAAAAGACAGCCUCUUCAAUAAGUGGUGCUGGAAAAACUGGACAGCUACAUGUCAAAGAAUGAAAUUAGAAGACUCCCUAACACCAUACACAAAAAUAAAGUCAAAAUGGAUUAAAGAGCUAAAUGUAAGGCCAGACACUAUGAAACUCUUAGAGGAAAAAUGAGGAUGGAAUUGGCAGAAAAGGAGGCUCUCUAUGUUUCAAGGCAGCAAAAUGCCAGAGUUGAAGCUGAGAAUCAGAAUGGGAUACUUGAAUUCAUCUUCAGCAUGUUGAAUGUUGCUUCCCAUGUUUUCUCUCUGUUUAAGGAUUAAACGUUCAGAUUAAACUUCAUGAAAACAUGUCUAUACUUCCUGCAUAUUUUCAGGUGGCCCUGCCCCAUAUAAGUCAGAGUAUUCUCAUUUUUCUGUCUCUCAGGACUAAGAAAAGUUCACUGUUGGCAAUUGGUAUAAGUUUGAUUGGUUUAACAGGGGAGGGGCAAAUUCUCAAUUUGUGAAACUCCAGAGCAGAAUGUAUUGAUGCUCCCUAUCUUGUGAAUGCUUUCUCAGAGACACAGAGAAAAGGAAUGCAGGAGACCAAGAAGAUGAC